AUGGUGAAGGCUGUGGCUGUGCUUACCGGCAGUGAGGGUGUCAAGGGCACCAUCUUCUUCACCCAGGAGGGAGAUGGCCCGACCACCGUGACGGGAAGUGUCACUGGACUCAAGGAAGGGCUCCACGGCUUCCAUGUGCACGCUCUUGGUGACACCACCAAUGGCUGCAUGUCAACUGGACCACACUUCAACCCCGCUGGUCAUGUGCAUGGGGCACCCGAAGAUGAAAUCCGCCAUGCUGGUGAUCUUGGAAAUGUGACAGCUGGAGCGGAUGGUGUUGCUAACAUCAAUGUUACUGACUGCCAUAUCCCCCUUACUGGACCAAAUUCAAUUGUUGGCCGUGCUGUUGUCGUCCAUGGUGACGCUGAUGAUCUUGGCAAGGGUGGACAUGAGCUGAGCAAGAGCACUGGAAACGCUGGUGCCCGUGUUGCUUGCGGAAUCAUCGGGCUCCAGGGCUAG